GAACACUUGAAAGAGGAAGAAGACUCCCGCUCUCUCUCUCUCUCUCUCUCUGGCCCGAACAAGCUUCUGUUGACUUGUUACCUAAGAAUGGCGUUCGGUCAGCGGACGACGGGCUCAUCGCUCUUCCUCCUCUUCGUAUUCUUCUCGUUUUUCGGCGGCGGGGCACCCGACGAUCUCGCCUCCGACCGCACCGCCCUCCUCGCCUUCCGCGCAGCCGUCGUCGGCGUCGCGCGGCGCUGGAACUCCACCAAGUCCUCCCCUUGCUCGUGGUCCGGGGUGACCUGCGCCACUGGCCGUGUGACCAAGCUCCGCCUCCCCGGAUCCUACCUAGUCGGCCGAAUACCGCCGGGAACCCUUGGCAAACUCACUGCCCUCCGCGUGCUCAGCCUCCGCUACAAUCUCCUUUACGGCACCAUACCGCAAGACUUCGCCGCCCUCACCAGCCUCCGCCACCUGUGUCUACAGCACAACCGCCUCUCUGGCGAGAUCCCGACCGUCGUGUUCGCACUCCGCCAUCUCGUCCGCCUCAACCUUGCUAAUAACUCCCUCUCCGGCGCCAUACCACCAGCGUUCAACGACCUCACCGGCCUCUCCACGUUGCUCCUCGAAGGCAACCGGCUCUCCGGUGCUCUCCCCGACCUCCACCUCCCCGGUCUCUGGCACUUCAAUGUCUCCUUCAACCAGCUCAACGGUUCCAUACCUGCGGGCCUCCGCAGCCUGCCAGCGAGCUCCUUUAUUGGCAACACUCUUUGCGGAGGGCCCCUUCCCGCUUGCCCUGGCGAAUUCCCACCGGCGCCGUCUCCAUUGAACCCAAGAGGUGCCGGGGGAGGGAGCAAGAAACUCUCCGCCGGCGCCAUCGCCGGGAUAGCGAUCGGCUCCGCCGCGGGCCUCUUGGUCCUCCUCCUCCUCCUGGUCUUAUGUUGCCGGAAGAAGGAAAGAGGCGAAGCUGAGCCAAAGGCGGCGCGGAAGAUGGAACCGGAGUCUGAGAUGGCGCUGAGGAGCAAUCGGGAGGUAGCUGAUAACGCAUCAGGGCCUCGCCCGACGCGGCCUCCGCCUCCAGCGGAGGCGAUGGCCGGAACGUCGAGCGGAAGCGUUCGGAAGCUGGUUUUCAUCGGGAAGCUUCAGAGGAUAUACGGCCUGGAGGACCUGCUGCGGGCGUCGGCGGAGGUGCUCGGGAAGGGGACGACCGGGACAACGUACAAGGCGAUGCUGGAGAUGGGGAUGGUAGUGGUAGUGAAGCGCCUCCGGGACGUCAACCUCCCCGAAAAGGCGUUCCAUGAAAGGAUGGAAGCCAUCGGCGCCACGGACCACCCGAACUUGGUGGUUCUGCAGGCUUACUACUACAGUAAGGAUGAGAAACUUUUGGUGUACGAGUUUGUGCCCAACGGAAGCCUCUCUUCCGUCCUUCAUGGAAACACCCUUCUCGAUUGGGAGACGAGAUUGGAGAUUGCUCUUGGAGCAGCUCAGGGCAUCGAGUAUAUCCACUCGAAGGGCGCUGGUGUCUCUCACGGCAACAUUAAGUCAUCCAACGUUAUUCUCUCAAGAUCAAACAAAGCUUGUGUCGCUGACUUUGGCUUAAGCAGUUUAGGCUCUAUUCCGAUGCCCAAUCAACGUGCAGCUGGCUAUCGCGCACCUGAAGUCACCGACGUCCGAAAGGUCUCUCAGAAGGCAGAUGUUUACAGCUUCGGCGUGCUCCUCAUGGAGCUACUGACAGGAAAAUCACCGGCACAGACGCUCAACGAUGAGGACACUAUCGACCUCCCCAGGUGGGUCCAGUCAGUCGUCAGGGAAGCAUGGAACUCGGAGGUUUUUGAUCUUGAAUUGUCAAGGCACCAGAAUGUCGAGGAGGAAAUGGUGCAGCUGUUGCAGUUGGCCAUUGAUUGUGCUGUACAGUACCCAGAAAGUCGACCGUCGAUGUCCGAGGUAGUGGCCCAGAUCGAACAGAUCCGCAGCAGUUUCAGCGUGAGGCAGCAGCAGCAAGGUGGCACCAUAUCUAGUGGUGUUAGGUUUUCAUGAAGGUGACAUAUGCUCAUUUGCACUUGGUCCUAUUAUCUCAAGGAUAUCUUCUUCCAUGGAUGAACCAACGUUUGGAUGUUUGUGUGUUUAUUAUGGGAGCAAGUUGAUGGUUCUUUUGUUCCAUUUCUUUUAAGUUGAGCUGCUGUAUGUUGGUUUUUAACUCUACAACUCAUGUUACUAUUUUCAUUUAUUACUUGUGGAGGCUUGUUUGGUGCUGAGGAUGACUAACUUUAAAAGACCAAUGAUGUACUUUUACAUUGAAGGAAGAUGUUAUGGUGGGGUUGGUGACUGCUUGCUCAUUGAUGUAA